GCCAGGAUGGCCGGCGCGUCCGUCAAAGUGGCCGUCCGGGUGAGGCCCUUCAACGCCCGGGAGCUCAGCCACGCCGCCACCUGCGUCAUCCAGAUGCAAGGACCUACCACCUGCAUCGCCAACCCCAAGCAGGCCAAGGAUGCCCCCAAGAGCUUCACCUUCGAUUACUCCUACUGGUCUCACACCUCGGAGGACGACCCCCGCUUUGCUUCCCAGCAGCAGGUCUACAAGGACAUCGGCGAGGAGAUGUUACUCCACGCUUUCGAGGGCUACAACGUCUGCAUCUUCGCCUACGGGCAGACGGGAGCCGGCAAGUCGUACACCAUGAUGGGGAAACAAGAGAAAGACCAGCGGGGCAUCAUCCCUCAGCUCUGUGAAGAUCUCUUUCGCCGAGUCGCCGAGGAAGCGUCGCCCUCCCUGUCCUGCUCUGUGGAGGUGAGCUACAUGGAGAUCUACUGUGAGCGCGUGAGGGAUCUCCUCAGCCCCAAAAGCCGCGGGAACCUGCGUGUGCGGGAGCACCCCAUCAUGGGGCCCUACGUGGAGGGACUCUCCAAGCUGGCCGUCACCUCCUUCGAAGACAUCGCCGACCUCAUGGACUGCGGCAAUAAAGCCAGGACGGUGGCCGCAACCAACAUGAACGAAACCAGCAGCCGCUCCCACGCCGUCUUCACCAUCGUCUUCACCCAGCGCCGGCACGACGAACUCACCGACUUGGACGCCGAGAAGGUGAGCAAGAUCAGCUUGGUGGACCUGGCGGGCAGUGAGCGAGCGGACUCGUCGGGCGCCAAGGGCACGAGGCUCAAGGAAGGAGCCAACAUCAACAAGUCCUUGACCACCUUGGGCAAGGUCAUCUCCGCGUUGGCCGAGAUGCAAAGCAACCACAAGAAGAGGAAGUCCGAAUUCAUCCCUUACCGGGAUUCGGUGCUCACCUGGCUGUUGAAGGAGAAUUUGGGGGGAAAUUCCCGCACGGCCAUGAUCGCCGCCCUCAGCCCAGCCGACAUCAACUACGAGGAGACGCUCAGCACCCUCCGUUACGCCGACCGCGCCAAGCAGAUCCGCUGCAACGCCAUCAUCAACGAGGACCCCAACGCCCGGCUCAUCCGGGAGCUGAAGGAGGAGGUGGCCAGGUUGCGGGACUUGCUGUCCGCCCAGGGGCUCUCGGGCGCCUGCUUUUCGGGAUCCGAGCCAGCCGAUCCCGGCGGUGGGCAGAGAACGGCCGGCACCCCCUUUGCCUCGAUGGCCCCCUCCUCUCUCCUGCUGGAGCCCGUGGCCCUCAACGGAGAGCGGGAGCUCAACCUGCCGGCCUCAGAGGAGCAACUUCUAGGGACAGAGGAAGCCAUGGAGAGGCUGCAGGAGACAGAGAGGAUCAUUGCGGAGCUGAAUGAAACUUGGGAGGAAAAACUGCGGAAAACGGAGGCCAUGCGGAUGGAGAGAGAGGCUCUCCUGGCGGAGAUGGGCGUGGCUCUCCGAGAGGACGGGGGCACCGUUGGGGUCUUUUCGCCCAAGAAGACGCCCCACUUGGUGAACCUAAACGAAGACCCCCUGAUGUCGGAGUGCCUCCUCUACCACCUGAAAGACGGCGUCACCAGAGUCGGCGGUCAGAACGCCGACAUCCGGCUGAGCGGUCAGUUCAUCGAGGAGCAGCACUGCGUCUUCCGCUGCGUCGCCUCCGAGGCGGGAGAAGUCGUCGUCACCUUGGAGCCGUGCCCGGGCGCUGAGACGUACAUCAACGGAAAGCAGGUGAUGGCGCCUCAGGUGCUGCGAUCAGGCAACCGCGUGGUGAUGGGUAAGAACCACGUCUUCCGCUUCAACCACCCCGAGCAAGCCCGGAUGGAGCGCGAGCGCAGCCUGGCUCCUGACGGCCAGCCGGAGCCCGUGGACUGGAACUUCGCCCAGAGGGAGUUGCUGGAAAAACAGGGGAUCGACAUCAAAUUGGAGAUGGAGAAGAGGUUGCAGGACCUGGAGACGCAGUACCGUCGCGAGAAAGAGGAAGCGGACUUGAUCCUGGAACAGCAGAGGCUGUACGCGGAUUCGGACAGUGGCGACGAUUCGGACAAGCGCUCGUGCGAGGAGAGCUGGCGCCUUAUUUCCUCGUUGCGGGAGAAGCUGCCGGCCACUAAAGUGCAAACGAUUGUGCGCCGUUGCGGCCUACCCAGCUCGGGCAAGAAGAGGGAGCCGCUACGGGUCUACCAGAUCCCUCAGCGGCGCCGGGCCGCCAAGGAUCCCCGUUGGCUGACCCUGGCGGACCUGAAGAUGCAGGCGGUCAAGGAGAUCUGCUACGAGGUGGCCCUCAACGACUUCCGGCACUCCCGCCAGGAGAUCGAGGCCCUGAGCAUCGUCAAGAUGAAAGAACUCUGCCGGCUCUGCGGACGGCGGGAUCCCAGCGAGCGGGAGAGCUGGCGCGCCGUCGCCAGGGACGUCUGGGAUACGGUGGGCGUGGGCGAGGCGGAGAGCCCCGCGCCGGGAGUCAGCCCGGCGCUCAGCCGAGCCAGCCCGCCGGGGGUGGAAGUGGUCGACCUCCGGGCGCACAUCGACAAGCUGACGGACAUCUUGCAGGAAGUGAAGAUCCAGAACAACGUGAAGGACGAGGAGAUCCGGGCGCUGAGGGACCGCGUGGUGAAGAUGGAACAGGUCAUCCCGUUCUCGACUCAG